AUGAACAUGUUUCGAUUUGGAUAUUUCUUUCUUAUUGAAAUAGCAUUACUUUCACUAGCAUAUGCAAACAAAUUAGACACUUGGAAAGCACGUAACCAAGUUGUUAAACAAGUGCACGAAAAAAUAGGAUUAACUUGGAUCAAUGGAAUUAUACCCUACUUUUUAGAUAACAAAAGCUACGACCACAUCAUAGCGUUGCGCCUACGGAUGACAAUGAACGAGCUGGAGGGCAUAUCUUGCAUUCGCUUCAAGCCGAUAAUCGGCAAACCGAACUUGAACACGACGUGGUUGCAUAUCACUAAUCCUUCGUUUGAACGAGAAUGCAUGCAUCUGCCGCGCUAUGAUAAAAGCGGCGAAGUGACUCUAGUUUUCGGUCUAGAUUGCCUUUCCGAGCAGCAGAUUUUGCAUACGCUGAUGCACGGCAUCGGGUUCAAAGAUGAGGUGACCCAUCCACAGCGGGAUCAAUACAUCCGGAUUCUAUGGGACAACAUACAGCCAGGCUAUCAUCAUCUUUUCCGUAUACAAGCAGAUGACGGAUCGUUGAAGACACUAUCGGAGUACGAUCCGAUGAGCGUAAUGCAGUUUCACGAUAGAGCUUUCAGCCUUAAUGGUCGUGCGACAGUUGCACCUUUGAUAUCUGGGUUAAUUAUUAACCCUUCAGAUGGUUUGUCUCAAUUGGACACCAUGAAGUUACGAAUGAUGUUUGGACAAGAAUGCAAAAGACGUAAUGUGGAUGAUCUACUGGAUAUGUGCAAAACUGUUUUGCAUGAUGAACUUAAACAAGACAAAUCUACCAAUCCAUCCAAAUCUAACGACAUUGAAAUGCCUCCAAGAGAACAGAGCGUGGAAAGUAAUGGAAAUGACACUCAAAUUACUAAUAAUCGUCAAAUCGAAGAUAUUAAGAGUGAUAUUGACAAUGAUGAAAAUGUUUCGGAAAAUGAAGAAGAUGAUGUUGAAGAUGAUAAAGAUGUAGAAUUU